AAAAAAUCAAAGACCACGCCUUAUGAAAAUAAACGAGUUCUCGCACUCUAGAAGACUAGAACUCAUGGACGGCUCCGAUCCAUUAUUCCUAUCCAAUGGCUCAUCUUCUUUGUGUCUUUGACUUCCCUCUUUGCUUCUAACCUAGACACCCAUCCGUCUCAAAAAACAAACCUCGACACCCAUCAUAUUCUUUUAUACUUCUUGAGCCCUAAUUCCCCUUCUGCCUCGUCUGCAUCUUCAAUUCCAGAGUUUGGGGACACAGCAGCAGAUUCAAGAAAAGGUUUCAAUGGCGGACUUGGAGAAACUGCUCCUUGAGGCAGCAGGAAGGACAAGUACUCCUGGAAGGAACAGGCAUUCAUCUCCGCCAUCGAGGCGGAGGCGAAAAGGUUCAUAUUCUGACGACGGAAGUGACUCAAAAAAUGAUGAUUCAGAUGGUGAUCGUGGUUAUUCGAAUAGAAAGCCAUCAGGUUCGCAGGUGCCUCUAAAGAAGAGGUUGGACCCUGCAGAUAGAGAUGAUGACCGUAGUAGUCAAGAAGGUGAUGAGGAAGAUGAUGAUCGUGAUCAUGACAGUGACAAUGAUUCUGUUGGGAGUGAUUUAUACAAAAAUGAAGAUGAUAGGGAAAAACUAUCACAGCUUACAGAGCUCGAACGAGAAAUGAUACUAGAAGCUCGUGCAACCAAGAGAAGUGACCGAGAUUUGACUGAAAAGCUGAAAAAAAGGAAAGGCCAAGACAGAAAAGGAAGUCCCCCUAAAGCGGCUACACGCAGCAUGCGCUCAAAAGCUCAAAGGGCAGGUGCAUUGGAUGAAUUGGUAAAACGAAGAAGAGAAUCAGCCAAAGGAUCCGGCAGCCGAUACUCACCUGUGAAGAGAAGAUCGUUCACUGCUGCAACCUUGAGUAGCCCUAGCAGGAGUGAGAGUGGAUCUCGCAGUGAUGAGGGAGAUUCGACAGGUGAUGGUGGAUUGGCCGAUAGUGAUGAUGACAAGAUUUCAUCAGAGUCCAAGGUGCCAACAUUUGAAGACAUCAAGGAAAUCACAAUUCGCAGGUCAAAACUGGCAAAGUGGUUCAUGGAGCCCUUCUUUGAUGAACUGAUUGUUGGCUGCUUUGUGCGAGUUGGAAUUGGAAAGUCAAGGACUGGUCCUAUCUACAGGCUUUGUAUGGUUCGGAAUGUUGAUGCUACAGACCCUGAUCGACAGUAUAAGUUUGACAAUAAGACCACGUACAAGUACCUGAAUGUGGUUUGGGGCAACGAGAGCUCUGCUGCUAGGUGGCAGAUGGCUAUGAUUUCCGAUUCUCCUCCCCUAAGAGAGGAGUUUGAUCAGUGGGUUAGGGAAGUUGAGCGCAGUGGUGGUCACAUGCCUACCAAACAGGACGUUUUGGAUAAGAAAGAUGCCAUCCAGAAAACAAAUUCAUUUGUCUACUCUGCAGCCACUGUAAAACAGAUGUUGCAGGAGAAGAAAUCAGCCACGUGGAGGCCACUAAAUGUUGCAGCGGAGAAAGAUCGCCUGAGGAGGGCUUUGGAAGUAGCCAAGGAGAACGAUGAUGAUACAGAGGUGGAUAGGAUACAGGCGAGGCUACAAGAACUAGAGGCAAGCCGCCAGGUCCAGGUGAAAGAUUCCAAGGCAAUUAAGCUGGCAGAAAUGAACAGGAAGAACAGGGUCGAGAAUUUUAAAAAUGCAUCAGAGCUGAAGCCAAUUAACACUGGCUUGAGAGCUGGAGAGGCUGGAUACGAUCCUUUUUCGAGAAGAUGGACUAGAUCGAGGAAUUAUUAUGUGGCGAACAGCAAUGGAGGAGAAGCUGCUGGUGUGCCGAAUGGUGAUGCAGUUGCUGCUACGCGUAGUGAUAUUGGAGUAGGAGUAGGAGGAGGUCCAGCGUUUGCUGAGGUGGGAAUGGCAGCUACAGCUGCGGCCCUCGAAGCAGCAGCCGAUGCUGGCAAGUUAGUGGAUACAAGGGCUCCAGUUGAUCAAGGGACUGAAUCAUACAUGCUACAUAAUUUUGAAUUGCCCAUAUCGCUAGCCGUGCUUCAGAAAUUUGGCGGCCCUCAGGGAGCCCAAGCUGGAUAUAUGGCUAGAAAACAGAUGAUCGAAGCUACUCUUGGGGUAAGAGUGCCUGAUAAUGAUGGGAGGAGACACGCACUCACCUUGACCGUCAGCGACUAUAAGAGACGGAGGGGUCUGCUCUGAGUCCGCGCUUUAGCUCUCUCGGUCUCUGCCCGUGCUCGCCUUUGAACGUCCUACAUUUGGGUACAAAUGAAACCUUUAAACUUUGUUUCACUAAUUUAAGACGCUCAAAGCUUGUGAAUUUGGUGCUUGUACUAGUUCAGUUGUUGUGCUUGGUACCCUAAGCUAGCUAGGUGAAUUCUUAGUCUCUUGUUAUCUCUUCUGUUAUUCAUUUCUUGGAUGGGCUAUUGAUAUGUGCUUAGCGGCUUUCUAUUCCAUGUUAGCUGACAUGCUAAACCAAAUUUUGAACAUGAUAUCAGUUAUCAGGUUAGACUGAAUUUUCACCAUUGUAUAUAUACAUGGAAUAUUUUUGAAGCCGAAACAGAAUUGUAUAAUUAUUUAAGGCAAAACACAUUAAAAGUUCUUUA